AAGAUUUCCAAGAAGGCCGCAAAACUACCAACGCCAUCUCCAUCCCCCGAACUCGAGCCUUCCCAUCUGGAGGAUCAAGACGGUUCUGAAGUAGAGAACUCAGAUGAGGAAGACGUUCAUCUUCACGGCUUUUCCACCGAUGAAGAUUCCUCUGACGAAGACAUGGACGGCGACGUCGAUGGCAUCGAUGUUGGCAAAUUGCCAACGAUUGCUAGGGAUGAUGCAACCGUAAAGCGGAAACUGCAAAAGGCGAAACGCCAACCGACAGAAGACAGAGGAGUAGUCAGUCUCAGUCGGCUACCUCACGGGUUCUACGAGAACCAGCUGAAGGCAUACUUCGCACAAUUCGGAAACGUUACUCGCGUGCGGCUCUCCAGGAACAAGAAGACUGGUCGCUCGAAGCACUAUGCUUUCGUUGAGUUCGAUUCAUCGUCUGUCGCCCAGAUCGUCGCAGAGACGAUGGACAACUACCUCCUUCUGGGCCAUAUCCUCAAGUGCUCUGUAAUUCCAAAGGACACCAUACAUCCCGAACUGUGGAUCGGUGCAAACCGCAAAUGGCGUGUUGUCCCACGGGAUCGUAUCGCGCGCGUCCAGCACAACAAGCCUCGCACAGAAGACGAACAGCAAGUUGCGGAAAAGAGACUGGUCAAACGGCAGUCGGAGCGCAAGCGCAAGCUGGCGGAGGCCGGCAUCGACUACGACUUUGAUAAAGUCGCAUAUGUGCGUUUUUCUUCCUACUUUGAAUUUGUUAGCUCACUGCUCUCGGAUGUGUGUGCAUAG